CGAACAGUCCCCCGAAGCGGCGCUGUCGAACGCGGAAGUGAGGGCUGGGCCGUCGCGCGUAACGAAUACGAAUUAGACCGGGAAUCGUUCUUUGCGAUUGUAAACCGACCUGUGUGAAGUGUAGACGCAGAAACCCGUUUUUAGAGUAAAGGGAGAGAGUGAGGGAGAUGUCGGAAAGCAGCGGCUCAGUCGGCCUGCUGUCUUAUGAGACGCUGGUGCACGCCGUGGCAGGUGCGAUGGGCAGCGUUACAGCAAUGACAGUGUUUUUCCCUCUGGACACAGCCAGGAUCAGACUGCAGGUGGAUGAAAGCCGUAAGUCCCAGUCCACCCCCGUCAUUCUGGCUGAGAUAGCGAAGGAGGAGGGCAUAUCGUCUCUGUAUCGCGGCUGGUUUCCUGUCAUUUCUAGCCUGUGCUGCUCUAACUUCGUGUACUUCUACACGUUCAACACGCUGAAGAGAGUCAUGGUCUCGGACCGCUCCAAGCCCGGCAAGGAUCUGCUCAUGGGCUUCAUAUCAGGAGCCGUUAAUGUGCUCCUGACGACCCCCAUGUGGGUGGUGAACACACGACUGAAGCUUCAAGGGGCAAAGUUCAGGAACGAAGAUCUCCACCAGACCCACUAUAAGGGCAUAUUCGAUGCCUUCUCCCAGAUAAUAUCCAGCGAGGGAGUGGGCACGCUGUGGAACGGGACGCUGCCGUCUCUGGUGCUGGUGUUCAACCCCGCCGUGCAGUUCAUGUUCUACGAGGCCAUGAAGCGAAGGGCAGGACGGGGAGGCAGGAGGAUCUCAUCGUUUGAGAUCUUCUUCAUCGGCGCCAUCGCUAAAGCCGUCGCGACGUCCGCAACGUACCCUCUGCAGACGGUUCAGGCCAUUCUGAGGUUCGGCCAGUUUAAAUCAGACGGUAAAGGGGGUCUAGUGGGCAGCCUGAAGAACGUGCUUUCUUUGCUCAUGGACCGGAUCAAGAGACACGGGCUCUUGGGUCUGUAUAAAGGUCUAGAGGCGAAGCUGCUCCAGACCGUGCUGACGGCCGCCCUCAUGUUCGUGGUGUACGAGAAGAUCACCGCCGCCACGUUCAAACUCAUGGGCCUCCAGAAGAAGGUCAAGCUCUGAGAGACGGUUAGCCAUCACCACUGAGCCACGUAUACUACUGACUACCUCUAACCCGCACACCCUCAAGAGGGUAUCCCAUCAGCCCUCGCUCCUCAGUCCUACCACAGUCAGUUAAAAACUACUUAUGUACCUUUUAGUUUUUUUUUAAGUUUACAAGGUCAACUUUCUUUGAUCAGAAUCUUAGAUAAAACCGAUGUAAAGUCUAGGGAUGCACCGAAAUUUCGGCAUUAAAUAUAAUACUUUCUGUCCAGUUUUGUUACUUUCAGUGAAAGUGUGGUUAUAGCUUUUAUUUUUGAAAUUCAGUAUCAUUAAUUUUGAAAGACUUUUUCAUUUAACACAGUCAUACUUAUUUUUAUGUAAUAAUCAUUACAAAUAAUAUUUCGGUAUAGGUUUUCGGCUACUUGCAUCCAGAACGUUCGCUUUUAGCCAAGAAUUUUUCCUUUUUCCGUGCAUCCCUGAUUUUAUAACAUUUUAACGAAAGCGAAUCAUGAUAUUAGUUGAGUGAUUCUUAAUUUAAAAGGUGAUAGUUAAGCCCAACAUAAAAAAAAACUAAAUAAUAAAAUAUAUAUAUAUAUAUAUCUUUUCAGUCAGUAUGUUAAAUUUCAGAAAAAUUAUAAUGUAGCCGUUUUAAUUACUACUUUUACUAUUUAAAAAAAAAAAAAAAUCAUAGUGAGCAUUCUUCUGAAUACCCUGGUGUUUCACUGGAAAGUCAGUCAUAUGGGUUUGUAAGUACGUGAUGGUGAGUAAAUAACAGAGUUUUGAUUUGUUUAGUUAAAUGUGUCUGAAAGUUGGAAACUGGAAAGUGUUUGAAGGUUUGGAUCUUUAAUGUGAACAGAGAUCAAUUUCUGAUGAUACAUUUGGCACAAAUGGCGUUUUGCUUAGUGCUGUCAAACGAUUACGUUUUUGUUUACGUAAUAUGUGUGUACUGUGUAUGUUUAUAUACAAAUGUAUAAAUAUAUAUUCAUAUAUAUAAAUGAUGUAAACAUAAAAAUUUCUAAUAUAUACAUGCAUGUGUGUGCAUUUGUGUAUAGCACACACACACACACACAUUACGUAAAUAACUAUUUUGGAUGCGAUAUAAUGGUUUGAUGGCACUAACUGUACUUCGAUUAGUACAGUUGGGUCUUAUUGGGCUCCACGUCAGCGUUACUGAAACAUAACCGAAGGCCUGUUUUUAUUUACUUUUGCACAAUGAACAAUUUUGGCAGAACGAUGUAAAACCCGGAUCCAAACUGGUCUCGGAUGCGUUUCUUUUAUGGUCGCAUCUCUCCCAGUUUCACCCCGUGAACAAUGUUUUGAAUAUCUUGAGUUUUGUUCAAUCGCUUGAACAAUAGUCGGCACAUAUUUUUCCAUUUACGAAAGGCAUUUAAAAAUGCACGCCAUAGACAUGAACUUGCCUUAAUUUAUGCCUUUUUUUUUAAAAGCAACUUCGCUCUACUGAAGUCUUACCUGCUGUGUCAAUAUUAACAGUAAUAUUAAUAUUAAAAACUAAAAUGUUAUACACGAUGAAACUGCAACUUAAAGCUUUGUACUCAAAUGUCUUUAUUUCUGGACUUAAAGCACAUAUUUUGUAUUUUAAUUUGUAAAACCUUUGUUAUUUAACCGUACUGUACUUCUUGGCAUGUUUGAAUAAAAGCUAUGGAAGAAAA